UGGCUGGCUAUUCCCUCUUCCUCCUCUUUCCCUCCCGUCCAUCCUCCAAACCUUCUCUCUACCUCCGGAGGCCAAAAGACUAAGAAAGAGAGAGAGAGAAAAAAAUGGUGCGGGUGAGCAACAAUCUGAUCGGUAUUCUUAACAUCUUGACGCUGCUGCUCUCCAUCCCCAUCCUGGGCGCCGGAAUCUGGCUGGGCCACCGCGCCCACACCGACUGCGAGAAGUUCUUGGAGCGUCCCGUCAUCGCCCUUGGCGUCUUCCUCCUUCUCUUGUCCCUCGCGGGGCUCUUCGGCUCCUGCUGCCGGGUCUCCUGCCUCCUCUGCCUCUACCUCUUCGUGAUGUUCCUCCUCAUCGUCCUUCUCUUCUGCUUCACCGUCUUCGCCUUCGUCGUCACCAACCGUGGCGCGGGCGAGAUCGUCUCCGGCAGGGGAUACAAGGAGUACCGCCUUGGUGACUACUCCCACUGGCUCCAGAAGCGGGUCGAGAACGCGGCGAACUGGCGCAAGAUCCGGAGCUGCUUGCAGGAUAGCGAGGUGUGCAAGAGUUUGCAGGAGAAGAACGAGACGUUUCAUGAGUUCAUCAACAACAACCUCUCGCCGACCCAGUCUGGAUGCUGCAAGCCUCCCACUGAAUGCAACUUCACCUACCGGAGCGGGACUGUUUGGGAUAAACCUGCUGACUUUACCUCUUCUAAUAAUCCGGACUGCAAUACAUGGCAAAAUGAUCCAUCUGUCCUCUGCUAUGACUGCCAAUCUUGCAAGGGAGGGGUCCUGGCCAACAUCAAGAAUGACUGGAGGAGGGUUGCAACUGUGAACAUUGUCUUCCUCAUCUUCCUUGUUGUUGUCUACUCUGUUGGAUGCUGUGCCUGCAGGAACAACAGGCACGACGAUGCUUACCCAGGAUGGAAAAGAGGAUAUGCAUAGAGGGUGAUGGUUUCUCCUGUCAAUGCUUUCUUUGUUCUCUGCAGCUCGGAUUUUCAAAUUUUUAUCUGUAUAUCCUGGGUGUGCCUUUCCCGCCCGCUGAAGCAUUAACUUUGGACAUACACAUAUACCUGGUUGCAUUGAUCUGGAUUUUUUACCUUGUGGUUACCAUGGCCUUGGAUCCAUCUUUUUUAACAUUGGUCUUCAUUAUCAUCUGCUAUUGUGGUUAAUUUUGAUGUCAUUUGCCUGGGUGCCUUGUGAAUGAGUUUUCCCA